AUGGUCAAAAUCGCGGUAGCAGGUGGCACUGGAAACGUCGCAACUAAUUUCCUCAAAAAUGCAAUCGCGUCCGGCAAUCACGACAUCACCAUCUUCACUCGCUCCGCCCCAACAAAACCUCACCCAUCUUCUAAGGUCACCUACAAGCAAGUAGACUACACGGAUCGCGAUGCCCUCACUAGUGCUCUCGCGGGCUUCGAUACCGUCCUAUCUUUCUUCGUUGUCCACUUAGACGUAGACAACGUAGCCCAGAAGAACCUAAUCCAUGCAUCAAUUGCGGCAGGCGUCUCACGCUUUGCACCUAGCGAGUGGGGUAUCGCAAACUACAGCGGCGUCCCAAGUUACGAGAACAAAGACUUCAUCAGAAAGUAUCUCGAAGACCUUGACAGCAAAGGUGAACUGGGAUCCAUGCAAUACUGUCUCUUCCAGCCAUCCAUCUUCAUGGACUACUUUGCGCACCCAUACCCGCUCGAACGCGAUCUGAUCACCUGGCCCUUCUUCCUCGACUUCGAGAACCGACGUGCUAUGGUGCUCGAUGACGGAAACCAACCCCUUGUCAUUACUGCUAUUCAAGACGAUGCUGAGAUCCUCGCUCGUGCGCUCGAUGACACGCGUCCGUGGCCCAAGGUCGGUGGUAUCACAGGCUAUCGCACUACCAUCAACGAACUGCUCGCUCUGGGCAAGAAGAUUAGGGGAGGAGACUGGAAGGUCGAAUACGUGAAGAGUGAGGAUAUUGCCAAGGGAGAGUUGAAGACAAGCUGGCUGCCGCUAAUUAGUCAUCCCACGGUUGGAGAUGAUGUGAGAGAGGCGUUUAGCAAGCAGUUUGUCCUCAUGUUCUUUGAGGCGAUUAGCAGUGGUGGCUGGGUUGUUAGUGACGAGUUCAAUCAGCGGUUCCCAGACUACAAGUUCAUGGGCGCGGAGGAGUAUCUGACCAAAGCUUGGGAGGGUAAGCCGUAG